AUGGUAUCCUUCACACGAUCCGGCAGGUCCUCGUCCGAGACUGCUUCGGAAAAGCCGCAGCAGAACCCUACGACCACGCCGGACGACGCUGGAAGCACCGUCGAGGGGACGCACUCUACCACUCUAGAUCCAGCUGCUGUUCGACGCCUCAACCGCAAGCUUGACCUUCACGUCCUGCCACCACUCUUCAUCUUAUAUUUCCUGUCAUUCCUGGACCGCGGAAACAUCGGCAAUGCGAGGAUCCAAGGUCUGGAAGCCUCGCUGGGAAUGUCCGGUCAAGACUACUCUAUUGCGCUAUGCAUAUUCUUCAUUCCAUACGUUCUCUUCGAAGUCCCAAGCAACCUGAUUCUCAAGUGGCUUUCACCGAAAACGUGGCUCAGUAUUCUGGUCACGGGAUGGGGUAUUAUUACGAUGUGUCAAGGCUUUUUGCAUAAUUUCGGCCAGAUCGUCGCUCUCCGGUUCAUCCUCGGUUUGUUUGAGGCUGGCGUUUUCCCAGGUUGUAUGUACAUCCUGGCGAUGUAUUAUCCACGCUUUGAGCUCCAGUGGCGAUUCGGAAUGUUUUUCCCCUCGUCCACGUUGGCUGGUGCCUUUGGGGGCCUUCUGGCCUACGCGAUUGUCAAGAUGGACGGCCUAGGACGCUUAGACGGCUGGCGGUGGAUAUUUGUCAUUGAGGGUGUGGUUACGGCUGCAUACGGAAUCUGCGUCAAGUGGCUUGUUCCAGACUGGCCCGAGCAGGCAAAAUUCCUGACAAACGACGAACGCACACUGCAGAAAGCAAAAAUGACACAGGACGAUGGCGAGGCAUCAAUGGACAGACUAACACCUGCAGCCAGAAAGCGCAUCUUCCUCGAUUGGAAGAUCUACCUGGGGUGCUUAAUGUAUAUUGGGACUAUCAACACCACGUACGCUGUUUCUUUUUUCGUGCCGACGAUUAUCGCCCAACUAGGCUUCACGGCCUCAGACGCGCAGCUGCUGACCAUUCCGCUCUACGCCGUCGCUGUUUGUAUCCAGCUGGCCUUCACGUACAUGGCUGAUCGAUUCCGCAACCGGUGUUUCUUUGCUUUAGUUUCGAUGCUUCCAGGGAUUGUUGGAUACAGCAUCCUCCUCAGGAGCUCGCAUGUCUCAAUUCAGGCCCAAUAUUUCGCCUGCUUCCUCAUCACAAUCACCGGGUACACAACUCUCCCGCUGAUCCUCGCAUGGGCUACAAACCAACUUGUCGGCCAGUACAAGCGGUCAAUCGGCGUCGCGAUGGUGGUGGGCGGGGGCAACUGCGGCGGUAUCAUCGCCAGUAAUAUAUUCUUGGAAUCCGAGGCGCCCUCUUACACGACUGGGUUUUCGUUAUGUCUGGGCCUGCUGCUCCUGACUGCCAUUGCCUCACUUGGAUUUGCAGUCGGGCUUUCGCUCGAGAAUCGAGCUCGAGAUCGAGGGGAGAGGGAUCACAGGCUGACGGAGGAUCAAGACGAGGCGGAUAAUCUUGGGGACGACCAUCCGAGUUAUCGGUAUGCUCUGUAA